GCUUUUGCUUGAGCGGUGGUGGCUAUAUAGGAUGCGGGUACGGCCUUUCCGACGUUCAGUUGCCGUUCGAAAUCAGUUGCAUAAAGAUCUAACUGACAUUAUUGAGUAGACAGACCAGAGAGAAUAAUAACUGAAGAAGAAGUAGCGUGAUUCGUGUACACUACUACUACUACUACUACUAUUGUUACAUUUACUUUCAAACAAAUCGUCAAUAGGAAAUCACGCGCAUCCGGCGCCUCCGACGUCGCCAUGGCUUCAGCCACAGCGAAGAAACGACUCACAGAUAAAAUAUCAUGCAGACAGGUGUUGAAUUUCAUGGUCAUUCUGGGAUUCAUGUUCAACUACAUGCUGCGCGUGAAUCUGACCAUCGCUAUUGUCGAGAUGGUGGAGGACGAUGAGAGCAACUCGACGAUGAUGGUAGAGGGUACCAAUCACACGCAGCCCAUUCCGUACGAGAACGAGGGCACCAAGUUCCAUUGGGACAAGUACGCUCAAAACAAUAUACUGGGCAGCUUCUUCUGGGGCUACAUAUUGACAGAGUUACCCGGCGGAAGGUUGUCCGAGAUCAUCGGAGCGAAGCGGGUGUUCGGUGGUGGCAUGUUAGCAGCCAGCUUGAUCACGCUGGUCACGCCGGCAGCCUGCCACAUGGGUUACAUAACUGUGGUGGUUCUUCGCUGCCUUCUGGGCUUCUUCCUGGGCGCCACUUGGCCCUCGAUCCCGCCGAUGGCCGCCAAAUGGAUUCCGCCGAUGGAACGCUCCAAGUUCAUCGCGAACAUGAUGGCCAGUUCUCUUGGCGCGGCCAUCACGAUGCCCGUGUGCGGUUUCCUCAUCGCUCAGUGGGGCUGGGAAAGCGUCUUCUACAUCACGGGCGUCGUCGGCGUGAUCUGGUCCAUCGGUUGGUUCUUCUUCAUCUACGACUCUCCGGCGCAGCAUCCUCGCAUCAGCAUCGAAGAGCGCAUGGACAUCGAGACCAAGAUCGAGGAGGGAUCCGGUAACAGAGGCACCAGGAAGCCAAGUCGCGUGCCGUGGAGGGCAAUCCUCGCUUCCGCUCCCGUCUGGGCUAUCAUCGUCACGCACGGUUGCUCCGUCUUCGGCUACUUCACCGUCGUCAACCAGUUGCCCACCUACAUGAAGGAAGUCCUCCACUUCAACGUGAAGAAGAACGGCCUCCUCUCCAGUCUCCCCUACCUCGGUAAAUACGCGAUGGCCAUAAUGGCGAGUUACCUGGCCGACAGACUUAGACGAUCCGGAAAACUGUCGACGACGGUGACGAGGAAGAGCUUCACCACUUUCGCCGUUUUCACGCCCGGCCUCCUGAUGAUCCUGCAGGCCCUCUUCGGCGACGAUCCGACCAUCUCGGUGACGAUCUUCACGUGCUCGCUCUUCUUCAACGGCGCCGUCACGGCCGGUUACCUCGCGAACGGUCUCGACAUCGCACCCAACUUCUCCGGCACCAUCUUCGGCAUGGCCAACACCUUGUCCUCCCUCGGCGGCUGGAUCUCAACCUUCAUGGUCGCGACCCUCACCCACGAGAACCACACGUUCGACCAGUGGCGUUACGUCUUCUGGAUCCUCGUCGUCGUCUACACGAUCGGCGCACUCGUUUUUCUGCUCUUCGGCUCCGGCGAGCUGCAGCCGUGGAACAGCGAGAAGGAACCACCCAAAUCGCAGGAGAUGCAACCUCUGAAGGGCGUCAGCGAUAAGGAGAAGGAAACUGCGUUGCCGUGAAGCGAACCCAAACGGCAGCAGCUCCAAAAACCGAAACAUUCUCAUUAGUUUAAAACAAACAAAACAAAAAAAAAGUAUCAGAAAAUAACAUAUUCGAGGACGCUUGAACGAAUGGACAUGGCAUGGACUUCGAGUAGCUGAAGACGGAGAGAAUAAGGGGGAGAUUCACAAUUUGCGUGAGUGCGAAUCAACAAAACAAAGGUGGUUCCUUCACAGUACAAAAGUAAAAAAAAAAACGAACACGGA